GCUCCGGGGUCGACAUGGCGGCGCCGCAGUCUUGUGCGGAUGGCCUAUGCUGCUCCUGGCCGGGAGCAGCGUCCGGCGUGCAGCAGACGCUGGACGAGAUGGACUUCGACAGGGGAAUCUGGUCGGCAGCCCUGAAUGGAGACCUAGGCCGAGUCAAAUAUUUCAUCCAGAAGGCAACAGACCCUAGCCAGCCCGACUCGGCUGGCUACACUGCUCUGCACUAUGCCAGCCGCAACGGGCACUAUGCUGUAUGUCAGUUCCUGCUGGAAAGCGGGGCUAAGUGUAAUGCCCAAACCCAUGGGGGCGCCACAGCUCUGCACCGGGCCAGCUACUGUGGGCACACUGAAAUCGCACGGCUCCUGCUGUCUCACGGGUCCAACCCUAGGUUGGUGGAUGACGAUGGCAUGACGAGUCUGCAUAAGGCUGCUGAGAAGGGUCAUGUGGACAUUUGCUCCCUGCUCUUGGAACACAGCCCAACCCUGAAGGCUGUCCGGGAUCGGAAGGCACGCCUAGCAUGUGACCUGCUGCCCUGCGACAGUGACCUGUGGGACCUGCUGGCCACCUGAGCCGCCACCUUUCUGUCUUGGGCUGCCAUGCAAGAGGACCCAGACUAGCACUCCUACCCCCUGUCGUGGUGUGCAUCUGUGCUGCAGGGUGGGACGUUGAGGCCCAAAGAGCCCCAUUCUGGCCGCUGUGGGAGCGAGGGAGUAGAUGUGGGCCUGCAGGUGCUUAAGCCUGGACAGAUGAUCAUACUCUAAAUUAGCUCAUGUAGAAACAUCUAUCUGUUUGGAAAAAUAAAACUGUAUCCUUACCUCAUCCCAUGCACAAAAAUAAACUUCAAGUAGAUUAAAGACCUAAGUAUAAAAAUAGAACUAUGUAAGUAUUAGAAGAAACUGGGGGGCAUCCGACAAAAGCUGCUUUCUAGCUGAGUGCCCUUGGGAAAGGUCACUUUGCCCAUCUGCCCCUGGUUCCUCAUCUGUGGUGAGGAUGGUUGUAACAGGGCCUGCCUCAGAGGCCUUGUGGAGGUUAGAUGAGUGAGUAGAUAGAGGGCCCCGGAGUGUGUCAGAGCACCCACUUCUACUUUCUUCGAUUUUAACAACCUGAUAGAUUGAGUGCUUUUGCUUUGUUGUGCGUUGCUAAUGGCCACCUACCUUCUCUGAACUUUCUGUCCAUACAUGUGGCCUGUUUAAAGAUUUUCUUCCUUUUAUUGAUUC